AUGGUUACAAAAUUUCCAAAAGACCGUCAGUCAUCGCUCUCAGAUUAUCUAGCGAGCAUUGCCUCGCUUAUCAUACGCCCUUCCAAUCGUUUUCUUCGCGAAUGGCUCCUUGGCGGAUUUCAUCACUACACGAAUUCUGACUCAGGCCGGUUUGUGGCAUGUUUUGCUUCCACCAAAAAACUCAAUACUUUACCUAUUCACUCUGAUAUUCAGGAAGAAGCAUGGCUCACUGCCGACCUAAUCCUCCGUGCACCUGAUAGCUCUCUGGAAUCUAAGCUGUUCGCUGCUCAAACAUUUCGUGCAAAGAUCACCUUUGACCUUGAACAGCUCCCAGCUCCUCAUCGGCUACAGCUCCGGGACUCUUUAUUGACCGUCUUGACAGAUUUUGCCACUGGACCCGCUAAGAUAGUCCUUGUACACUUAUGUCUGAGCUUGGCCGAUCUAGCACUACAGCUGCCGGAAUGGCCAACAGUCAUAGGAGACAUGACAGAAAAGUUUGGGAAAAGCCCGGAGACUGUUCCAAUCCUCUUAGAAUUCUUGACCGUAUUUCCUCAAGAAGUGUUGGGUAACCAUCGGAUCAAGAUCACUAAUCAAUGGAGUUCCCCACAUACUUCUCAAUUGGUAUCAGACACACUUUCAAUGUAUCUGGCUGCCCAAGUUUUCAAGUGUUUAAGCGCUUGGCUACGGACCGGUGAAAUUUCAGCUUCAGUUGUCGGUACCCCGAACGUUCUGAGCUCGGCUUUUAACGCACUGAGUGAGGAUGAGCUGUUCGAAGCGGCUGUUGAUCUCAUAGUUGAUCUGAUUCACGAGACUCAAGAAAUCGACGAUAACAUGGCACUUAUCGAAAGAAUAGUCUCAUUUUUAAUCGCCCUUCAACCCAAACUGGCUCAAGACCGGGAAGAUCCAGACAUGAUGAGAGGCUACUGUCGAAUUUAUGUCGAAGCUGGAGAGUGGUACACCCCCUUGAUCCUUCGACAUCCCGAUACCUUCCUACCAAUCGUUCAUGCCAUCCGUUCAUGCUGCGAUUAUGAAGAUCUAGAUGUAGUCGGGAUCACCUUCAACUUUUGGUACCGACUUUCCAAGGGGCUUUAUCGCAAGAGGCUUGAAGGCGAGAUGAAACCACUGCUUGAUGUAUAUUCCAGCCUGGUUCAGACAAUCAUCGGUCACCUGCAUUAUCCUAACGACAUGAGUACACAUACCGGCCAAGAAGCUGAUGCUUUCCGACGAUUUCGACACAACAUCGGCGACACUCUCAAAGACUGCUGUUAUGUUCUCGGUGCUUCUUUGUGCUUGAAGAGGUCGUAUGACUUGAUUGUACGAGCGUUGGCGAACAGCACGUCUUCUCGUUGGCAAGAUAUCGAAGCGCCUCUGUUUUCCAUGCGCACGAUGGGCGCCGAAGUCGAUCCCAAGGAUGAUGAAGUCUUACCUCUGAUUAUGGAUAUCAUUCCCAAACUACCAGCUCACCCUAAGAUACAAUAUGCUACAAUCUUGGUCCUUUGCCGAUAUACAGAAUGGACUAAUCUGCAUCCGGACAGCAUACCAUUUCAACUUCAGUAUAUUUCAGCCGGAUUUCAAGAUCCUGCCGAAGAGGUUAGAUUGGCUGCAGCUCAGGCGAUGAAGUUUCUAUGUCGAGAUUGCUCACAGCACUUAGUGUCGUUUUUACCUCAACUCCACACUUUCUAUCAAACGGUUUCGUCAACUUUGGGCAAAGACGACAUGACGGAGCUAUCGGGUGCGCUCGCUCACAUCAUAGCGGUGAUGCCGGCACCCGAAGCCUCACAAGCCCUCCAGACCUUCUGUAUGCCCCUUGUGGAGAAUAUGCACAACAUGGUGGCACAAAAAGUGCCACUGGGACAAGAGGGUGCCAUUCAGCAGCUUUCAGACACCCUGGAAACACUCGAUACAUUUCUUUCCUACGUACCUAGCCUGGCAGACCACUUACAGCCUGAAUGUAGCAAGACUCUUGAACAGAUCUGGACAGUUCUGGACGGAGUGCUCGGCUCGUAUGACAAAAACUUCAAGGUUUCCGAGCGCGCAUGCGCUGUCAUCCGACGCGGCCUUCAAUUCUUUGGGAGAUUUUGUUUACCUUUGUUAGUUAGCAUAGUUGACAGGAUGACGGUCUCUUAUGAAAGGUCAGGGUGUCCCAGUUACUUGUGGAUUACUGGCAAAGUGGUCGGUAUGUUUUCGGAAACACGAGAUCCCGGGCUUGAGUCUUGCUUGAAGAUCGCCUUUGAAAGGCAAAGUGUCCAUGCGUUCUCUACUAUAAAGGAGGCAGGGGCGGAGCACACUUCUGAUGUGAUCGAUGAUUACAUUCAUCUUCUUUUGGUCUUGUUAGAGUCUUAUCCUCAGAUCAUUGCUUCGUCUCCCUGUUUUCCUCCCUCGUUUCCAAUCGUUCUCGCUUCACUUGAACUUUACGACCCUGGGCCGUUGUCGGCAACAUUGGACUAUGUACGAGAGAUUGUAGGCCAUGAAAGUCUUGGUGUACAGCGACCUCAAAAUGGCGUAGACGCACCUCAGGCACCAGCUGGCUUUGCCUUACUGGCAGCUCCUAUUAGAUCCGUUGUUACACAAUAUGGCUUCCUCCUUUGUGAAGCCCUUUUGCGAAGGCUCCUCUCAGAUCUACCCGAAGAUCUCUCAUCAUCAGUGAUCAUAAUAUUCCGAUUAUUAGGCGAGCACUUUCCCGCAGAGUUGUCAACAUGGCUUCCUCCUAUAGUGGAGCAGUUACCGGUCAAGUUGGCUUCUUCCGAUGAUAAAGCUACUUUCAUGGUAACCUUCAACAAUGCGAUCUCUCAAGGCCAAGGUGGGCUUGUUAAGGAAGCCAUCUUGGUCCUAUUCAAGGCAUCAAGGAGAGAGCGCGCCCGUGAAAGAUUCAAUUCAGACAGAAGAUCUUAG